AUGGACGCCCCGGACGAUCGGCAGCUGCCAAAUCGACUCGUUCAAUCUGCAGCCCAAGAACCCUCAUUCCAUUCGUUCAGCAAGCUUCCAGCCGAAAUUCGACUGGAAAUAUGGAAAAACAUUCUGCCAGGCCCCCGGCUUAUCCAAGUCCACUAUGAUAUGCGGGUUGGGAAAUUCUGGACUACCACUCCAUCUCCAGCAAAUCUCCAUGUGUGCUCGGAGUCGCGAUACGAGAUGUUGAAGGAAUGGCGGCUUCGGUUUGCUACUCGUGGCCAUCCUCCAUUGGUUCACGCAAAUCUGGAUAUCGAUACAGUGCGGCUAAGCUGGGAUCCUCUGAGACUGAGAGCAAUUAGCCAAGAAGACUUAUGCAGCAUUAUAUCAUUAGAGGUUGGUGGGAAAGAGGUCCAACGUGCCAGUGCGGAAGCAAUACUUCAGCCCAUUCUCACCAUGCCCAAUCUAAAGGACUUCUCGCUCGUUUCACCGGCUCUUUGCGAUAUCUACCCAUAUUCUCUUAGCCAGCAGCUCUCUCACCCACACGUUGGUCCAAGUGAGGGUGAGAAUUGGCUCCUAAGCGCGCAGCGACUUGGCUAUGAAGCGAGGAGAAACCGGGCAUUCUAUCAGCAUACGGAAGUAUCGAGAUGCUUUCGAGCUUGGGCAAGAGAAAAUCCAGAAUGUAAACUACCUAGGCUACGACUUUUGCUAUCGGAGCCUGAUGGCAGUCGUCCAGGACAGUUUUUCUGGAAGCCAUGA